GUGGCGGAGGAGGUUAAAAUAGAAGUGCUGCACGUCCCCGAGGUCUGCAGCCCCAAGAGCAAGAAGGGAGAUCUGCUGAACGCGCACUAUGAUGGUUUCUUGGCCAGCAACGGAUCCAAGUUUUACUGCAGUCGGACGCAAAAUGAAGGUCAUCCAAAGUGGUUCGUUCUGGGUGUUGGACAAGUCAUAAAAGGGUUAGAUAUUGCUAUGAUGAAUAUGUGUCCUGGAGAAAAACGGAAAGUGAUCAUUCCUCCGUCAUUUGCAUAUGGACAGCAAGAAUAUGCACAGAUCAAGAUUCCACCCAAUGCAACACUGAUCUUUGAGAUUGAACUUUAUGCAGUAAAUAAGGGACCUCGCAGUGUUGAAGCAUUCAAUCAAAUCGACAAGGAUGGUGACAAGAAACUUUCUGAACUUGAGAUCAGCCAGUAUUUGAAAGAAGAAUUUGCAAGAGAUGGCAAAAAACGUCAUCCCUCAGUCCAUGAUGAAAUCUUAGCUGAUAUAUUUAAGAAGAAUGACCAUGAUGGAGAUGGUUUCAUAUCAGCAAAGGAGUACAAUGUCUACCAGCAUGAUGAACUCUAAGUACUUAGAAAAAUCUUUGGCCGUUUUCUGGACACUGAAUUUUAAAUAAUAAUACUUUGUCACAUAAUUUUUUGUAUUUUUUUUUAUGGUGGCAUCUUUUUAUACCUCUUAAAAUGACUGUAAAAAUCUGAUUUA